UUAUCAUUAUUAUUUGUUAUUCAUCGUUGUUGUAAUUAUUAUUGUGAUGCUAAAUAUUGUAAAUAGUAUUUUUAUUCCCAUAGUAUCAUUGGCGUUAAUGUUGUUACUCUUCUUGACUCAUCACCGUUGUUGUUUACUUUCUCGUCCUCGUUGUCUGCCUGUUCACCACGGAAAUUAUAUUUUAUAUUUGAUUUUGAAUAUCUCGGACUCGGACUCCAUCCCUGUGGCACGUAGGCUUCACGCCGGCAUAGCGACGCCUCAGCACCUGCGACCCAGGGCAUACGGCAGCGAUUAGAAAAAAGAAAAGAAAAAAAAAAAAAACAGCGGUUGGCGGGGGGAAAAGUUUACUGUUGUGAUAGUUACAUUUCCGGUUGUGUGUGUUGCCACAUGGUAGGCCCUUAAUUUAUGGGCGCGGGCUUUAUCGUCUUCGCGAGGAGGAGCGAGAGAACCGGUUGUGAGGUGUAAUCCAACGCCCGUGGCCGCGGUUGCUCGAGAAAUCAAACCCGCUGUCGGGGCGAGGGCGUCGUCGUCGCACCCUGGCGGUUACGUAAGUCUCCUCGAGUAAUUAAUGAAGUGCCACGCCCUCCUCCUGCUCGUGCACGAGGCACUCCUGGUGGCACCGACGAGACAGGGAUACCCCAGAGGGGGCAUUGGCGUAGCAUCUCUAGAUUGUGCCCCAACGGCUGGCAUCGAGUCCGGAGACCGCGGGGUGAUACCCUCUUACCUGGGGUUGCUGUACGCUGCCACAUGAUUGAAUUACUGCAUUCUCCCACGCUCCGUACGUCACUCCGCGGCCGCGACCCUGGGUUCUUAUCGCUGCACAGUGCGCGUAUGACCUGUUCAGACCGUUCUCGGAUGGACGGCCGGGAAAUAUUAGAAGUCUAGAUGAUAAUGUCGGUGACGAGCACAGCAACUGGGCAGCAGUGCGGCAGCGAGUGGUCGCUAACCCGCUAACGAUGGCAGCCCUAAAUAGCCAUGGUGUUCCGGCGCACCUCGGGCUUCCCAUUGCUUUGUGAAGAAGCGUUAAAAAUGCAUAAGAGGUCCGCGCCCUUCACGAAGAAGGAAUGCAGUUCGCCGUGCGAAAGGCAGGAGAAUAAAGGGUGGAAGCGCGGCGGGGGCAUCCCCGCUGCACUGGCAGUCGUGAUCCUGGCAGGCCAGCUCCCACCACCGCCACCGCCGCGGCUGCCAGCAUCACCAUCACUACCGCCAGUCAUAGCCAGUAGUACUACGGCGUCCUUGAUAGUGCUUAGUGGGCCACUUUGUGGAGCCUCAUUGUUCCUGCUGCAGCCCUUCGGGGCCUCCCUGCUUCGCCGUUCAGUACCUGGAUGCCGCCCCUUGUCCCUCCGCUCGGCUGCCUCGUUAACCUGCCACGUGGGGCGCCAUGACAGCUUAAAGGGGCGGGGACUGGGCGGACGCGGCCCUUCCUUCAGGACACAGGAGAGUAAUAACACGAAACAAUAACAGUGUAAAGAUUGAGCCUAAGGCAAGUGAUUGCCGCAGCGAAGUGGCAGAGAGUAGACUAAGUGUCUUGAUUUUACCUGUGACUUGACUCACGUAUUUGUG